CCAAGAUCAAGCCUGCGUCCACCACUCACGCAAGCAUCACCUUCGCCAGCAGGUCAACCACCCGCUAGAUUGACUCACUCGCUGAAUGCCGUUAGCGGUCUGCUCGCCAUCAUGUCCAAUGGGCGCUCAUCCACCGUGGCCGGCUUGAGUGGCCGAUUGCAGGGACUCAAGUUCAUGCAGCGUGCCAAUGCUCAACAGCAACAGCAGCAGCAGCAGCAGCAACAGCAGCAAGCUCCCGACCAAAGUGCCUUGGCCAGCACAAGCAGCUCCAUCCCUCGCACUUCUAGAGCACCAGCGUCGCCCCAAUCUUUCGCGAUAGCGUCAACGAGCGUCCGAGCGCGAGCGCCCUCGCCCACGUCACAGCCUGUGACCUUGAUAGCGACUCGAGCACGCCAAGGCAAGGAUGCAUCGCAAUCGGACGAAGAGUGGUCCAUGCCAUCUGCUCCAUCUGCUUCAAACAGGCCUACAUCGUCCGCAGUCAUGGUGCAGCACGAACCAGCUUGGUCCUCCUGGCUUGCCGGUGCUGACGUGAAGACGGAGCAUGAUCCCGUCGACGUCGACGUCGACGUCGAUGCAUCCGCCCCGAGUCAGUCGACCCGCCGAUCUUUUGGUGCGUGGGCGCAAAGAAAACGUCAAAAGAGUCGCAAGGGGAGCGAGAGCGAUGCGGAGAGCGAGGGCGAGGGCGACAGGGGAGGCGCCCGUGCGUACGGCAAAUCGAGACCUCAAGGACGCUCUGCGGAUGCGCGCGCGGAUCGCAAGAGCGCAAAGGGGGCGCGAGCACCGCAGGGGGGGCGAGCACCGCAAAGGGAAAGAGCACUGCAAGGGGCGCGAGAUGAAGAAUCGCUCGAUGAAGUACCGCUCGAUGAAAAAUCGCUCGACGAGAAAGAGGUGGAAGGGCUGGCCAUCAUCGAUGAGAUCAAACGAGAAGGCGGUGCGUCGGGUGGUGCUACCGCCAAGAAGCGCAAGCACAGCCAAGGUCGCGGUCACGGUCACGGCGAUGCAGAUCGCAAAUUCAAGAAACCAGGCAGGUCACCUUGGUAAAGUCCCCCCCCGCGCGCACACACACGCACACAUACGCGCGCACACACGCGCACACACACAAUUACAUCGUCAUCGCGACGUCUAUCGCAUCGAGAGGCUUAAAUACGUGACGCAUGUCCCCGCUCACAAAUCUCCAGCGCUGGCUCGCCUCUUCUCCUUCGCACGAGCAGCAGCUUCCCGUCGCACCCACUCCAUGUCCCUCUUUUGACGUUCCUCGUCGCUCAUGCGCGC